CUUUGUUUCUACAGUCAUCACAGUUUAGUGAUUGAAGUGAACACACGUCAGAAUGCGUCUGUUUGUUGCGAGUGUCGUCUGCGUGUUGCUGGCGCUGAACCUUCCAGACAUCGACUCUAAACUUGACAAAUUCACUGAAUGCAAAGAGUUCUUUUUUAAGGAAAAGCCUCCAGUUAUACCGAACUCGAAUAAUUACAAAACAAUUUGUCAAACAUUUAAGAACCAAAUCAGGUUUGCGACACUUUACGACACAGCACGCAGGAGUCCACUUUUCUCUGCCUACAAAUACACCGGAUACACAAAAAUCAACGAACCUCAAAGUCUAUGGAUGGCUGAGAAACAGCUUGAACCCUUAUCUGAUGUUGAAAUGCGUGAACCAUUUGUGAAUCAGGCUAGAAAUGUAGACUACAUGAGAAAUAACCCAAACAACUACAUUAUUGGUGCCCUAUUUCCCACAAGUCACACAGCUGAUAAAGAAACGCAACGAUCUACACUUACACUGACCAACAGUGUCCCGCUGAAUAACAUGUUUAAGGAAUCAAUUUGGAAUCUGGUGGAAACAGAAAUUAAUAAUAAUAUGGACAAUAAGUGUCGUGAUAAUAACCAGAAAACCCUGGCCUAUGUGCUGACAGGAGUCAUACCUGGUAAUCAACAGUUGAAUGAGAGAGUGAAUGUUCCAUCACACGUGUGGACGGCGUUUUGCUGCUAUGACAGUUUAGCAAAAGUAUGGGUCUCUAAAACUUAUUUUACCUCAAAUCAACGUCAUGAGAGCGUGAACAAGAUCAAGUUGAAGGACCUGCUGGAGUUAAAGACAUUCCUGAAUGAAAGAUUGGCUGGGGAAGUUGAGCUGUUUGACGAUAACUGUAAUAAAAAAUAAAGCUAUUUUCAUUCAAAGCCUGAUAGUUCAGACUAACAUAUUUAAAGGAUAAUUUACUGUCUAACGUAUAAGACGUUUCUUUAUCAACCAUGCUUUUCUCGAAUAAAAUGAAUUAAAAACAAAUGUUUAUACAAUGAUAAAAAAAAUGUGUGUGGCAUCUAAUAAAGCUUAAACUUGCAUAUCACAGCCUUCUCUCUGACGUAUUGUUUACUAAAACUAAAUAUUGUUUAAAA